CGUCUCUUCAUGGAUAGGCACGUUUGCUUUUCCUAGAGUAUACACGUUACCGAAAGAGCAAUGCAGGCCACGUAAACGUAACGGACUUGUCAUCCUUUCAAAAGCCUGAUUUUGAGGUUUGAAUGACGACUCCGUCAUCGUGGAAUAGGAAACCUUUGCGAUUUUUUUGCAUUUAUGUUGGACUAGUAUAAAUUAUAAGCAGUACUAAUGUAAUGACAAAAUAGUUAUUGCUAAUUACCGAAAAAAAAAUAGUUAUUGCUGCUUAUAGAGGACCAACCGCAAUCUUAGCAGAACCAAGAAAAAAAUGGCCCUCCAAUUCUACUCCCUUUUCAAAAGAAGGCAACAUUGCAGAGAAAAGGAGACAAAGACAAGGAUUAGAAGACAUUCGAUGGAUGAAGAUGAUGGAUUUGAGGAUGCAGGUACAGGGACACCUUUAUCUGCAAUAUCUGAGGCAUUUGAGGAGCUUUCAUCAUGUUUAAAGUCAAAUGGCUAUCAUGAUCUUAUGUUGAAGCCUUUUUGUGAUGCUUGUUCUCUUGUUUCUGUCCUCUUUGGUUCCCUAGGAAUCGCUUUUAAAUUUGCAGAGCUUGAAUACGUCUCCAAGGUACGUGAUCUUGCAGAAGCAUCCGAAAUAUUUGGAAGUUUGAACAGUAUCCUUGAUUAUGAUGUUAGAAAUGAUACAGUGAGAACACCAGGAAGCCUUUCACGCAAUUUACGCAGAGUUCGGCAAGGUCUAGACCUCAUCAGAGCCUUGUUUCAGAAUUUUCUUUCAACCUAUGAUGAUUCCCUGAAAGAAGCAGCUUCAAUGGCAUAUGCAAAAGUUUGUGCACCUUAUCAUACAUGGGCUGUGAGAACUGCUGUCUCUGCUGGUAUGUGUGCUCUUCCAACAAGGGACCAACUUCUCAUGAAGCUAAAUGAGACUGAUGAUUCAGCUGAGAGAGAAAUGAGAAGAUACAUUGAUGCUUCGCUUCCAAUCAUCGAAUACAUUGACAAACUUUAUAUUUCAAGGAAUAUAACCUUGGAUUGGUGAUCUUCACCUUCGCUUGGGAAGAACCAGGAAGAAAUGUCCAUAAUAUGUCUUGACAACAAGAGGAAAUUCAGAAGCAAAAAAAGUCAGUCCAAAACUUACUUCUGACAGAGUGGCAUUUGAUUGCUAUACAUGUACCCCAUAUUUAGGGGAGUGGGAGUUAGCCUGUAUGUUGAGCAGGUGAAUACACUGAUGGCUGCCAAUUAAAUUUAUGGUUUAGUACAAAGAAAUUUAUCUAGUUUUAGGUUGGAAAUAUGUACCAAAAGUAGUUUUAGAAAAUACAUCGAGUCCUAUUCGUCAGAUUUGAUUUAGUGAACUUGGAAGUAACAAAGAGCAAGUAAUAGUAUUCUUACCUGUAAAGAAGUAAAGGUUAAAUAUGGAAGAAGAGUCAAAUUUGCAGACUCUCGGUUAACUUUUCUGCCGAGAGAAAGAGUUUAUUUAUA